AUGCCCGAUUCGCGAUACUCAUCACACGGCCCGUUACCUAUACCUUCUCGACCUGUCAUGGAUACUGCGCCCCCUCCACUACCUCCCCCACCGAGGAUUCGGGAUUUGGAAAAUGGUUAUGAUGCUGGCUGGCUCCAUGCGAACUCGGAAAGAACUCCCACUGCGCUUCCGCCGAUAAAUCCGAAUUCAAGCUUAUUUGGAGGACAUCGACGAACUGAUACGACUCCACGAAGUGAUCCUAUGGCGGUGGAUGAGCUAGAAGGAAGACAAAGCGGCUUCCCAUUGUCACGCAGUCCGGAGGCCCAUAUUAAAAUAGAGCCGCCACCACCUACAAAUGAUGGAUUUCCCAAUUCCAUGUCCGUCACUUCUCCUUCAGGUGCCAUAUUGAAAGGAGAGCGGGAUUUCUCUUUAAGAAGCGUCAAGGAUUCAUCCAAUGCUUACGACCAACAUUUAUUGUCAAAGAUUGGAAAUUCAUUAUCACCUCGAGGCUCAAUUAGUCAUGGAUCUGAUCACCGUGGUUCGAUUUCAUCACUUACAGUCCCGUCUCGGUCAGCCAGCAAUCUGCCCUCGCCAGGUCCGUCAGAGGGCUCUACGCUCGAUGUGAAAUGGUCCUAUAGUCCUACAUCCGGAGGGGUAUCCCCGAGAUCUAGCAUUGGCUGGAGAGAAUAUAUCGACGGAGGUCGCAGUCCAAGCGUGGAAAGCACCGCACCUUCGUCAGCUUUAGACUACGACUACAUGCGCGAUAUGGGUCGAAGACGUCAUCACAAAAACACUCCUUCACGGGAAGAUAGUAUCAGUCUACCGAGUCGAUCAAACCGUGGAAGUUACGACCAGGGUGUGUUCUCUGAUAUCGAAGGAGAUUUUGGCUCGGACGACCCAGUACUCCCAAGGCCAUACCUGGAAGAACCCAUACCCCCGAGGCAAUUUAUUCUUCGAGAGCCCACUCCGCCAUACCCGGAUGGUUCAAGGCAGGGUAUGAAGCGAAGAGCUUCUUCUCCUCCCCGAGAACCGCUUACUGAUGAUCGUCAUACCUUACAUGUGGCUACCAGUAACGGAGAUCUGUCGCAACGGAGAACUAGUGGACAGCCAUUCACGAAUAACUUGACGGUUAGCAGCAGUUAUGCCCCAAGUCAACGAACUCUGUCUGCGGCUUCAUCCUUGAGCAUUAGAACCUCUGGAUCUUACUCAUCGACUAUCUCCAUUGGAGGUAGUAGUAUGACAAGCCUUUCUCCAUAUGACCGACUAUCUCCUGGGGGACUUUCGCCCAGCUCAGAUCUCGAUACUUUCCAUGAAAAGUCGAUUUUAAAUCCUAGUUCCCCGGUUCAACUUGUUCAACCAAUGCCGAGGGCUGUAAUGGGCUCAAAUACUCUCGAACCACCCGCCACAGAUUCCACAGGCAAAGUGCCAAUGCCAACAGCCUUAAACACGCCAAAACCCCCAACCUCAAAAAUCAGUGGACUCUUCAUCUGCGAUUGCUGCCCGAAGAAACCGAAGAAAUUCGGCAAUCCAGAAGACCUCCGAGCCCACGAAAUGGAAAAACAAUACUCAUGCCAAUACUGCAACAACCGCUUCAAAAACAAGAACGAAGCAGAACGCCACCAAAACUCCCUUCAUCUCCGCCGCCACUCAUGGUCUUGCGCCGCCCUCUCAAGCUUCCAAGCCGCCUUCCACGGCUCAGCAGCACCAUCUCACCAAACAAACGCCGGUCCAUCACAUGACACGUGCGGCUACUGCGGCGAGGAAUUCCCGAACUUCCCCCGCCCAGACUGGGAUGCCCGAUUCGACCAUCUUACCACCGUACAUAAAUUCGGCGAGUGCAACAAUGCGAAGAAAUUCUUCCGUGCGGAUCAUUUCCGCCAGCAUUUGAAGCAUAGUCAUGCCGGUACUAGUGGCAAGUGGACGAAUAUCUUGGAAAACGCUUGUAUGAAAGAUGAGAUUCCGCCUGAGCCUAGGGAUAAGACAAACGGGUCUUUGGCUAGUAGUACUAUCGAUGAGGUUCUUACCGAGCAGUGA